AUCUAUAUCCGAACCAAAUUCCCUCCCUCUUCUCUUCAUCUUCUUCUUCCUCUCUCUCUCUCUCUCUCUCUUUCUCUUUCCCUCGUUUUCUCCUCUCUUUCUCUCUCCCGCUUUAUUAUUUUCCCACUCAACAAACGCCCAGAUCUUUGUUUCCUCUCCCAUUCCUUUCUAUUUCCCCAAUUCUAACUCACAAACCCCACCGAUCCCCCCCUUCCGUGCGGCGGAUGUCGGCACCGCGCGCUCCUUCUGCUGCCGCCACCGCCACCGCCUCCUCCAACCCGCCCGAUCAGAUCAUGCACUCCAUGAAACGCCAACUCCCCUUCUCUUCCAUGAAACCGCCCUUUGCCGCCGCCGGAGACUACCACCGCUUCGCCCCUGACCCCCGCCGCAUCGACGCGGAAGCAGUCGUGGUCAAGACUCCUCAAUUGAAGCGGAAGAGUGAAGUAGCUGAUUUUGAAGCUGAUUCUGGUGAUAGGAUGACUCCUGGGUCUACUGAACCAGCUAAUAGUCCUUUUCGCACUCCAGUAUCAGGAAAGACAGGGAAGGGUGGUAAAUCCUCUAGGAUGACAAAAUGCAACAGACUUGGAACUCAAACUCCAGGCUCAAAUAUUGGUUCUCCUUCUGCCAAUAAUCUCACUCCUGCUGGUCCAUGUCGUUAUGACAGCUCUUUAGGUCUGUUGACCAAGAAGUUCAUCAAUUUGAUCAAACAAGCUGAGGAUGGUAUCCUUGAUCUGAAUAAAGCUGCAGACACGUUAGAGGUGCAAAAGAGGAGGAUAUAUGAUAUAACAAACGUUCUUGAAGGGAUUGGCCUUAUAGAAAAGAAACUGAAGAACCGAAUUCAAUGGAAGGGAUUGGAUGUCUCAAGACCGGGAGAGGCUGAUGAUAGUUUUGCUAGUUUACAGGCAGAAGUUGAAAAUUUAACAAUGGAUGAGCAGCGGUUAGAUGAACAAAUUAGUUUUCUAAUUAAUUGCAGGGAGAUGCAAGAAAGACUGCGGGAGCUCAGUGAAGAUGAAAACAAUGAGAGGUUGCUUUUUGUUACUGAGGAAGAUAUAAAAAAUUUACCCUGCUUCCAGAAUGAGACCUUGAUAGCAAUUAAAGCACCUCAUGGCACCACUUUGGAGGUCCCUGAUCCUGACGAGGCUGUUGAUUAUCCGCAACGGAGAUACAGGAUAGUCCUCAGAAGCACAAUGGGCCCCAUAGAUGUUUACCUUGUUAGUCAAUUUGAAGAGAAGUUUGAAGAUAUUAAUGGUGUUGAUAUUGCACCCAAACUUCCAUCUAGUCCAGAUGUUAACAAACAUCAAUCAACAGUGGUCCCGGAGGAUAGAGGGAAGGGCGUAGAUGUUCAGGGACCAGAUGUUGGACCUAGUUCAGAGUUUACUACCUCUCAGGAUUUCGUGAGUGGGAUCAUGAAGAUUGUUCCUUCAGAUGUUGCUAGUGAAGCAGAUUACUGGCUUUUAUCAGAUGCUGAUGUUAGCAUAACUGACAUGUGGAGAACAGAACCUGGAGUUGAAUGGAAUGAACUGGAUCCGCUUCAGGAAGAUUACUGUAUGACUCGCGAGAAUACUUCGACCCCAAGUCAUCCUUCAAAUGUAGGUGAAGUGUCUUCUACAUCUAAACCCUCUGGAGGUUGAAGCUUCCAAUGCAUUGUGAAUAUAAAAGUGAACGUGAUGUUCCUUUUCCUGCUGAGAACCUAUGACAUCCACCCAUAUUCCUUUUGUAUCCUCUCUACAUUAUUCUGGCGGUUGGAUUGAAGGUUCCAUGAAGAUGCUUUCUCAUGUUUUCCCAAGAAGCUAGUCCGAGGAACUGAGUGGCCAAUCAAUUGGCUCGUUGUAUAGUAAAAUAUUACAUAACCCAAGGGACCUGAGUUCAAGAACAAAAAGAUCUUGAUGCUUUGCUGAAACCAUCCUUGUAUAUUAUUUUAAGUCUUGCUUCCUAGUACUUAGCUCGAUGUCUUAUGUUUUGCAAGCAAUAAAAAACUUCGGAAUGCAAAUUGGAAGAGUUAUGCUCCUA